AGGCCAGCGAGGAGGGAAGGCGUGGCGGGUUUGCUUUACGGCGGCCGUGGGAUGAGUUUCUACGACGUCUUUCGGGGGUUUUUCGGGUUUCCCGGGGGGCAGAGGCCCCGAGACCCCUUUUUCGGGGGGAUCACCCGGGAUGACGAUGAAGACGACGAGGAGGACGAGGACAGCGGCUAUGGAUCUGCCUUCGGGCCCGACCGCUUUGACUUCGGGUUCACGUUUGGGCCGGACGGGAUGCGUUUCCACGACAACUUUGCCUUUGACGAGCUGUUCCGGGAUUUUAAUGCCCUUUUCAGGGAGAUGGGAGCGAUGGGCUUGCCAGCACAGCCCUUCGAUUUUCGUGGCAUAGAGGCGCCGCCGCCGCCUGACGACCAGAAGAGACAGACGCUUCGGGAUUCGAUGCUGAAACAUCCAGAUAGCCAGAGGCCCAGCAGGAGAGCUCUUGAGGAUGACUUGGGACCUCCCGUUCCAGAGAUAAAACCCUGGCGCCCGUUCCACGGGCUCCCUGAGGUGCACCCCCCUCCCGCAGGCACCCCGAAGGAGGACGGAGAUCUGGAUUCGCGGGUCACCUCGGAAGGGCUCGAGACCGUCCUCCCGCCAGCCCAACCCAGGUCUUAUUUCAAGAGCGUCUCCAUCACAAAAGUGAUGGGGCCGGAUGGGACGGUGGAAGAACGCCGGACCGUGCGCGACAGCCAGGGUCAUGAGGAAACCGUGGUCACCCGGCGGAGUGCAGGGGAGCCGCGAGAAGGAGAUGCCGGGUCCCUGGGGCCGUUCGGUCCCCCCCGCCAAGAAGGCCUCGGCGAUACUUUCCCCAUCCUGGACAGCUUCUUCCGCUGCUGGUUCUCGAGCCGGUAAUCCUGCCCAGUGGGUAGUGCUGGAGGAUGAGGCCCAAAUCUAGCUGGAAUUUCGCUUCCUUCCUAUGUGUCUUCAGCUACUCUGCUGCCCGACUGUCUUCUGAGCAGGCCGUGCGGUCAAGAAAAAGAACAAUAAAUAAAGAUCUCUAUUUAUUUACUUCCA